AUGCAUUGGGAAGAUGACUUGUCCAAAGCAAUGCUUCGACACAUUUCAAAUACGGAUGAAUUUAAUAUCACCUCGUUGGAUAUUACAAGCGGAGUAGGUCUAUUAAACACACACAAGGACGCCUUUUGGUCCAUGCAUCAAAUUCCUAGAACGGUAUCUGACAAGGAAGAUCUCAAUUUGUAUCAAUUCAUUGCAUUAGGAAAUAAUUUCAAAAAUUUAAAACAUUUAAUCAUUAGGGACCAUGGACGAAAAGGUAUUCAUCAUUCCAUCGAUGGUUUUAAAGAAUUGGUAUCCAGUAGCGAAAAUUUAAAACAUCUUGAACAACUUGUGUUGCACUCGACCACGAUUGGAGAUGAAGGAAUUGAAUACCUAUGUCAAUCUCCAUACAUAACAAAACUGAAAGAGUUAACAUUAUUCUGCGUUGGAUUGACCACAACUGGAGCUGAAAGACUACUUCACAAUGUCAAUAUGAAAAAUCUAACGACCUUAAAUAUUAGUGAAAAUAAUAUUGGAGGAGAGAAAUUUUCCGUUUCUCAGCAGCAGAACAAUGAAGUGUUACAUAACUUGACUACACUGCUAAUUAAGAAAUGCAUGCUGGACGAAAGUAAUGCCAUUUCAUUGUUUCAGAACUCGACCAUGAGCAACUUGACGACCUUACACAUGGCACACAACACUAUUACUUCAAAAGGAGUGUAUUUUCUUUCGAAUAGUCCAUACAUGAGCAAAUUAACCGACUUGGAUUUGUCUCAUUGUCAAAUUGGAGAUGAAGGAGUUCAAUCACUCACACACAGUCCUUACAUUAGAAAUUUAACACGCUUAGGGAUAUCAACCAAUAAUAUAGGUGAUAUUGGAGCUCAAUAUAUUGCAUCAAGUGAGAAUAUGAUCCAUCUUAAUUCAUUGGACAUUUAUUCACACAAGAUGUCACACAUUGGUGUUCUUGCCAUUGCCAAUAGUACCAUGUUAAGAAAUUUAACAUCUUUCCACAUUUCCAACACACACAUUCCAUACCACAAGGAGGCAAAUGAGGCCAUUGAAAGAAUGAGAGAAAAGGGAAUUUUUGUAUUUGGUUUUAUCUCUGGAUUUGACUACUAG